AUGCGAAUAAGAGUACUAUUUCCUUUGCUGUUUUGGCUUUCCCUUAUCAUACACACUGUUCCCGGUCACUAUCUGCCGAGAAGGCCCUUGGGUCCACCGCCUCUUCAUAACAGGGAUAGGAAUAAAAAUUUUAUGAAUAGAGAUGAUAUCUUACCAUUUCUCAACCGUAGACAUCAUCGGCAACCCUAUCCUCCACCACUGCCGUUUCCAAAUCCAACACAUACAAUUUCUCUUCCUCCUGUACCACCACCGAUCAGUCAUAAUCCUCAUUAUCAAAAUUUUACACAAUUAUAUCAAUAUCUAAUGAGCAAUCAUAAUGCAUCAUCCACAUAUUAUCUUUCAGAACUAAUCAGUGAAACUAUACUAGAUGUCUAUCGAAAUCACUGUCAAGUAAAUGUACUAAAUAGUGGAUUCCUUACUAUAAAUAACACUGAUACCGAUUCAAAAUUUCUCAAUUUUGAUAAUGCAACUUUAAACUCACCUGCUCUAUUCUUAAGAUGCAAUAAAAAUACUACCUUUACCACCAGUAAUGGUACCAUAUACGACUCAGGAAUGUAUUUUGCAUCUAUUCUGAAGAUAUUUGCUGAAACUGCACCACAUUUACCGUUAACAAACCACACCGAUCCGAUCUUACAAAGAGAUCAUUUCAUGGAUGGAAUGAUUAUGAUUACUUUUAAUGCUACAGCAAUAUGUGUUGGGUCAUGGAUGAUUUAUUUGUUAUUGUUGCUCCUGCCUUCAGAUAAUCACAACAAUAAACGUAUCAUUGUUCAUAUUUAUGUGCUAUUCUUCGCAGUGGUACAUACAGCACAGUUAAAGGACGCUGUCGAUCUAGUAUUUAAAGUGCAAUAUUUGGGUAACUACCAAAAUUCUCAAAAUUAUGAAAAUAAAAUCGUUAACUCUAACACUUAUAGAGUUUGUGAAAUCGUUUCCAAUGUAUUAUCGAAUAUUAAUUGGAUCCUAUUAGUGUUUUACAUGUAUCAUAAUAAUAAUGAAAUUAAUUUUCCCCAAUUAAAAAGAUUCACUCCACGUUGGUUAAACACCAAGAACAGAUUGAUAUUUAUUGUUGGAUCACUACUCAGCAUCUCUGACAAUAUAAUGUAUGGAAUUCUACUUUGGAAGAAAGACCUUGAUGUCCUACGGGGGUUUUACAAGGCCCUUGAACUAACAAUAUAUUCAUUAUUCAUCUACUUAAUUUCUGCAUUUAUUUGGAAUAAUUUUGGUUUCAUAUUAACACCUCGAAGAAUAAAACAACAACGGGAAAAAAAUUCAAUAAAGAAAAAAUUUCAAUUGUUGUGGAAUGAUUAUCAUGAGACCAUCCCAUUGAUGAUUUAUAAUUUUGUCGUGUUUGUGUUAUCGUUUGUGUUAACAAUAUUAUUCACAGCUAAUAAUUUUUACUUACAAAGAUGGAAGUAUGACAUCAUUUACUUCUUAAAAUUAUUAAUUACCACAAACGUUUGGGGUCUCUUUGGUGUAUUAGAGAAAAGAGAAAUUAUAUUACACAAGAGAACUGUCUUGGGAAGGAAAAUUACUAAUUCGGAUAAAUAUUUCUCCAACCCUUUCAUGGAAUAUUCUGAUAAUGAUGAAAAUGGAACUUUGGACAACCAAUCCAUCUCCAAUAAUAAUAAUGAGGAUUGCAAACAUUUGAAAUUGAGUCUAUCAUAUCCACUGACCAUAUGGAGAUCAGGAAUAAAACGGUUCAAAGAUCACAGAGCCUUACAUAAGGAAUCAAACAAAUUAAGAACAAAACAUCAAUUGCAGAAAAAUGACAAUACACUGUUGUCGGCAACAACAUUGAGGUCUGGUAGAAAUUUGUCGCCCUCAUUUUCUUCAGUUCACGAGCAGCAUAUAUACGACAGCGAUGCCAUUUCACAGGAAACAGAACUAACAAGAAACUUUAUAUACGAUCAUGACUAA